UUCCCUUCCGCCGCCGGGAACCGGCGCUGCCGUCCCACCGCCCGCCCCGGGCGCGCUCGGCGGGGGCGGGCGGGGAGGGGCUGCCCGCCCCUGGGUAGCGGGGUCGGUGCGCCCACCGCCCGCGGCCGAGCCGUGCCCGAGCAGCCAUGGCCGAACAAGCACUGGCUGUUGCUGGCGGUGUAAUAGGAGCGAUCCUUGUAGUUGUUCUCAUCGGAACAACUGCGUACCUGCUCUGGAAGAAAUUCUGCUGCCUUCUUUACUACGAAAAGCUCACCAGUCCUGUCCAAACGAGAAACGUAAAUGCCAUUUUGCAGGAUCGAUCAACUUCUGAAAUUCAACUGAAAGGCACAAGCAGAUCCAGAAGCAUUAUUCCCUUUAUCAUUCCACCGACACUGCACGGGCGAGACUGGAUUAACCUGACUAGCGAAGAACACGUUCAGGACGACGGUGACCCCCGCCUGACGCCUCAGCCCGGGCCACGCUCGUCAUUUCACUCUUUGGCUGGAGCUUACGUCGUGGGGACCAUUAACCCAGAGCUGUACAAGUUCCCUGAAGAUGAAAGUGAGACGGAUUUUCCUGAAGGCAACAUUGGCCGCCUCUGGUUCUCCAUAGAAUAUGAACAAGAGUCAGAAAGGCUCCUCGUCUCUCUGAUCAAAGCCAGAAAGCUGCAGCCUCCUGCCGAUUCCUGUAGUCCCUUUGUGAAAAUCUACUUGCUGCCCGAUGAAAGAAGCUACUUGCAGUCCAGAACAAAACGCAAAACCCUUAACCCACAGUUUGACGAAAACUUUGUUUUUCAGGUUUCCAGUAAAACGUUGCUCCAAAGGACUCUGAAGUUUUUGGUUUAUCAUGUUGAUAAACAGAAGAAGCACCAUCUCCUAGGCCAAGUUAUCUUCCCACUGAAAAAUGAAACAUUAACUGAUGACAACAAACUAGUCAUAUGGAGAGAUCUGGAGAAAGAAAACUUGGAGCCUCCUUCAGAGCAUGGCGAUAUCCAGUUCUCCCUCAGCUACAACGACUACCUGGGCCGUCUCACUGUGGUGGUUCUGAGGGCAAGGGGAUUACAGCUCCAGGAGGAGAGCCACGGUGUCAGUGUGUUUGUCAGAGUCUCACUAAUGAACCAUAAUAAGUUCAUCAAAAGUAAAAAGACAGCAGCUGUUCUGGGAUCUCCCAAUCCAGUGUACAAUGAAACCUUCAGUUUCAAGGCACAUCAGACAGAGCUGGAUACAGCAAGCCUGAGUCUAUCGGUGCUGCAGAGUACCAAGGGAGAAAAAACACAUCUGCUAGGACGUGUAGUAGUUGGGCCCUUCAUGUACACCCGCGGCAAGGAACUAGAACACUGGAAUGAAAUGAUCAGCAAGCCCAAGGAGCUGGUUAAACGAUGGCAUGCUCUCUGCCACGACAGGUGAAAAGUGCGGCCAAAAAGACAACCUUAACAUGGAAAAGCUCUCGCUAUCUUUCAUAAUCUAAUGAUAGAGUACAAAAUCUUUGACCGUUUCACACUCCUAAAUAGACAAGAAUAAAAUAAGUAAAUUGCCCAAACACAAAUAGAAGACUCAGUCCCUGGCAGGCUGAACUCUUAUCUUUCCUCUCUUCAAAAUAUAUUUCCAAUUUAAUCAAUAUGCAGCAGAGCAAACAAAACAGGGAGACAAACACGAUCUCCCAGUAUUAGUUAUGACGAAGGAUUGGAAUUUACUAGUCAAAAUGAGUUCUGGGCACAAAUGAUCACCCAUCAUGUGGGCAGAGCCCCGAAUUACCUAAGAAUUGUCAAUGGUGACACGAGGCCUAACUGUCCACCGCACUGCAUCACCACGGGCAGAGGAGCAUCGCCACAAGGGAUGGAAGCCCAGUAAAUAUGCCAUAACAGACAAAGCCCAAGAAAUGCUGACUGACUACUAAAUUUACAGUUUAUUCAAAAUAGAAGCAUUAUAUUUAGAACCUCUUUUGCAUACGGAUGGUGGGCAGCACAGUUUAUGGAUCAAAAGCCUAGAAGCACAAGUUGACAUCCCUCAGCGCAGGAUUAUUUCUUACAACAAUUCAGUCAGAUGUUCUCAGCCGACCCCAACCUACAACGCUGUGUUGACACUAAAGGAAGAAGCAUAAAAGAAUUCAGAAAUCACAAAUGACCGGAGGCUUGCAGGACAGAGUACUCUGAGUAAUACAAGGGACCUGUUCCAUCCUUAUAUAUUUCUCCCUAAACAAGUCUCUGCUGGAGACAGAGCACUGACCACAAGAACCUUGGGUUCGCCCUAGUACGACCAUUCUUACAUUGAAAAUCCGGUUAGCUUAAGCCCCCCAACAUUAUGUCUGUUUUAGCAGCAGUUGUCUUUGUUAAGUGAAUUACUGUUCUGUAAAAUAAUUCAGAGCGAUUAUUUUUAAUCAAAAUAAAUAGGAUGUUCUUCUCCUUUUGAUUGUUCACUGGGGACCUGAACUCUGUACCUUCCACACCAUACAGUCAUAAACCAGACACACACAGACUACUGCAGCAAAACAUUUUGUACAAUUAUGUUCCUACAGAACAAUAAUCUCUGCAGCUGAAAUAAAGCUAAUACCCUUUCAAACAGGAUACAAUAUUAAUUAAUUCAAUAUGUUAAAAAAUGAGGCUUCUCUGGGGAGAUGAGAACACUUUCCAUUUUGAUUGUUGUUAUCUAAAGAAAAUAUUACAGGUGAGAAUAUAUCUGAGAGGAACUGCAAGACAAGACUCCACUUCACCUGAUCCCCCAUUUGAAAUGUUACAUGGUACUUGCUCUCAGCCCGUCCUGCUAACUGCACCACUGGAUCAAAGAUAAGCCCAGGCUCGUUACACUUAGCAGGAUUUUACAGAACGUUCAGCCCUUGUUGUAUCUGUUAAAUGAGUAAUGCCAGCACCUCCAAACUCAAAGAGCCGUUUUCAAAUUUUACUCCUACAAAACCACUGAAAACCUAUCUAAGAGGCAACUAAUAUUUCAUCAGGGAAGGAAAACUACAUAUAAACUCUAUUAUAACUAUAUUACCACAAUAAAGCAAUUUUACCAAAUACAUUAUGUCCUUUUUAUGAUUAUAAUCAUAUCAACAAACAUUAAAGAUCUUACAAGUAAACUGUUAAGAAUGUUUCAGACACUUAGGUUUACUAGCUUGUACAGGAAGAUGCAUGUAAUGUACAGUGUCUAUUAACAUAAAUACCUCUGAAGUGGGAAGUCAGUCACCCAUCUGACUUGAUGUACAGUAUGGUCCAAGUAAUAAAACUAUGCAUUAUA